AUGCUUCGAAGGCCGUUAACAUGUCUAAUACGAUCUCAAAGAAGCUUUGGCUCCACCAUUGUUAUUCGUACAGCUAAACGCUGUCCUGUUCUAUGGUAUUAUGCAUCGGACGUGCCGCUUACCAAACCACACGAUCCCAGCUACAAACCUGGCAAGCCGGCUUCAAAGUUCGUCAAAUUCUCAGUUAGUGACUGUGAAAGAUUAGAGAGGGCUUUUCAGGGUUGGAAGGAAUCACAGCGCAAAUUGGAAGAUGUUGUGAGCGUUCCAGUGAACGAGGACUUCCUGUUCCAAGUUGAUGUUCCCAAGAUGGAACUCAAGUCAACAUAUUGGCGCGGCCCUACUUAUGAAGUGCGUCGCGGCGUGUGGUUUGAUAGUUCUAAUGUCCCUUUGCCCAGCGAAGUUACUGCUGAGCUAGAGCUGUACUAUCUGAAGCUAAACUUCAAGUCUGAUGAUGAGAAUGCACAGGACGUGUUCAAACUCUCCCACAGAUAUGGGGAAUACAAGCUUGUUGUGUUUACUGACCAGAAAACAGCUUACUUGCUACCACACCUUGAUGGUGGAGACCUACAGUUGAAGCUUCUGAGAGCGAACAUUGGUGCUCUUCAAGGUGAGAAAAUCACCAGAGCAGGCGAUGAUGGUAGUCCUCCAAUGGAUGUUGCUGCAGCUGCUAAGAAGAAAAUCGAAAAUGGCAUACAAAGCAAGGCUGCACAGUUAGGCAACAUCUCCGACUUGAUCAGCUGGGAACUGCCCGGUGUUUUUGGGAUGACGAAGGAUAAGGACACAGAAAAAGGAACCGAUGAUGGCUCAAAUGUGCUCAAAAGAGAGAUCGAGACUGAUUACGAUAGUCAAGCCACUACUUCUCGCCGCAAGGUCGACCAUUUAGUAUUUUGCGUACAUGGUAUUGGUCAGACUCUCGGUAAGAAGUACGAGUAUGUUAACUUCACGCACACAGUCAAUGUGCUACGAUCCAACCUAAAGAAGGUCUACAGCGAGUCUAAACAAUUGAAAAACCUGAACAAAGAAAGGGGAGCAGACGAUUGGAAGAACAACUGUGGUAUUCAAGUUUUACCUAUUACCUGGAGACAUACAAUAGGUUUCCAAACCGAUGCCACUAAACCGAAUGACGAGUACCCUGAACUACCGACUCUAGCAGACAUAACUUUAAAUGGCAUACUGGGACUACGAAGGCUUCUGGGAGAUAUCGCUCUUGAUAUCUUACUGUAUGACGAACCAUUCUACAGAGAACGCAUACUUUCGGAAGUUCACAGACAUUUGAAUGAUGUGUACCGUCUCUACAGAGAAAGAAAUCCGGAAUUCAAUGGCGACGUUCACCUUAUUGGCCACUCACUGGGAAGCUUGAUCCUUUUUGACAUUUUAUGUGAGCAGGAUAAGUACAGAUUAGACUUCAGUGUGAAGAACUACUACUGCAUUGGUUCGCCUAUUGGUGUCUUCAAGUUAAUCCAGAGAACAAAGAUUCAGGCCGCUUGUGAAGAAGAACGGAAAUCCUCUGCAAAUGUUCAAAAACCGAAGUGCGAGAACUUGUAUAACCUGUUUCACAUUUGCGAUCCGAUAUCGUACAGAAUAGAGCCUUUGGUGGAUUUAUCUAUGGCGCAAUAUCAACCUGCUAUCAUUAGUCACUGGUCUACGGGAGAGGGCAUUGCAUCUCGGGUGAUGGAGAUUGGAGGAAGUAUAUUAAAAGACAUUCCCGGCGCAGCCAUUAAAGGUGGUAAUACGAAAAAGGAUAAGUCGAUGUUGCCACUAGACGUAGCGCAGCGAUUAAUGAACCUGAAUCAUACCGGCCGCCUCGAUUAUUCUUUAACACCUGGUUUUCUGGAAGUGGACAUCAUAUCUGCGGCGAAGGCUCAUGUGUCAUAUUUUGAAGAUCUCGAUGUAGCCGGAUUUAUUCUGAAGGAGAUGCUGAGCAAGCACAAUAGAAGGCACCAUGUCAUUGUAACCAAAGAGAACCUCCCAUCCAUUGACUAG